AUGCAGUUUAUGAAUAGUAGCUUAGCUAGUUCUACAAAAAAUUUAGGUGCUAAUCAUCCAAUAACAAGUCAGCAUUUCAAAAAAUUAGGCUAUAUAGAUGAUCAAUUAGCCUUAGUUUUACGUAAGAGAGUCUAUCCUUAUGACUAUAUUGAUUCGCAAAAUAGAUUUAAUGAAACAGAACUCCCCCAUAUCACGAAUUUCAUAGUACUCUUAAAG